UGGGAGCAGAGCCCAAUCUUUCCCGUCCGCAUCUACCAUACAUCUACUCAAUUUCCCCUCAACCCACAAUCAUCUUGUCGGGUCACAUCGUUACAAUAAAAAAAAGAAGAAAAAAACUUUCGGAUUUGACCACAUUCUUAUCGCCAUGUCUGCCGCACAAGUGGCUGAAAGUGUUGUUCAGAUGGAUACCAAAACAAAUCAAGAGCCUCAUCCUAAAGCGCCGCCUCGCAAGCGGAGAAGAAUUGUCAUCAGCUGUACCGAAUGUCAUAGGAGAAAGCAGAAGUGCGACCGGAAGAUGCCAUGUACGAAUUGCAUGUCGCGAAACAAGGCAACAGUCUGUCGGUACGAAACCGGCACGCCGCAUAUUAAGUCUGAUCGAAAAGGCCCUUCUCAAAUUACUCACGACCGCCCAUCCGAAUCGCUCGAGAGUAUAUCGGUGCCCGUCAAGACAGCAGACUUUGGGUACUCCUCUAACAGCGUAUCGACUCUUGGGAUAUUGCGCAAAAUCGAAAGUAAUGGGGAGCCAUUGGCGGGAAUGCCGUCGGAGAGGUUUGAGGGCGAUAAUUAUGGCAUGCGCGAACGAUAUAAGACGUUGAUCCGCCUGCUACCGGCCAGGACUUACGUUGAAAAGCUAGCAGCCAUAUACUUCAGAGAUAUCAAUUGGCAGUACUUCAGCAUUGAUGAGCCUGUCUUUUACCAGUUGAUGGAGAGAUGGUAUAGCGUGCCGUUCAGUGUCCUGUCGACAUCAGGCUUGCAAGCCUUGGAUCCGAUUCUAAGAGCCUUCCCGGCCCUUAUCUUCCAAAUGCUGGCCUCUUCUCUCCUAUAUCUUCCCGAAGGUAUGGAAGAGACGUUUGAGCUGUUAAAGUAUACAAGCAACAUGACCUUCGACGAUUUAGCAUUUGAGUAUAGUGAAUCGGGUAUUUCUAUUUUAUCACUCCUCGGGAAACGUCAAAUGUCUAUUAUGACUGUAUUAGCUGGUUGGGUGAGGGCCGCCUUUCUCAAGUAUACCGGUAUGGUCACUGAAGCUUGGCAUCAAGUGGGGACAUGUAUUCGAGAUGCACAAGAGAUUGGCCUGCAUCGAGACCAGAUGGAUCCUCAACCAACGCCAGACGACUCUACCGAAGAGGCUUUAGAAAAGAUGUGGGAUGCUCAAAGCCGCCGGAGAGUCUGGAUGACUUUACUCGGCUGGGAUUUACACACCGGUGCCGUUCUGGGCAGACCUACCAGUGUGGAUUACCGCCUUAUGAAUCGAAGUCUUCCUAUAGACUCGAUUAUCCCCAAGGAUACGAGAAAGUCUCCCAUAAUAUUGCGCGGCGAGAAUGACCCACCUACGCCUUUAACACGAGCGAUAUGGUCAUGGGAGGUUAUGCGACCACUACGGGAUAUUCUAGACCUAGAGAAAGAAGGCCCGUUUCCAAAGGAUUUCUCCAGGGUCGAAAAGAUCCACCAAGAACUGCUAGAACUUUAUACCCGCACCCCGCCACCCUUCCGCAUGGAGAACCCGGACACCCGAUUUGACAAUCUUCCGGAGUGUUGGUGGCUACCGUACGUGCGGCCGACUUUACCCCAGCUCAUAUCUUUCAACAUCAUGGCCUUACACCGUCCGUACGUUUUCACACGACCAAACAGUCGUCACGAAGCACUCAAGGCAAGUCUAGAUAUGCUGGAAGCGCAGAAGAUUUAUUUUGCUCUUUUGAAGCCGCAACAGCAUAAGACUUUCACACUCUUUUUUGGUACCUUCGACGCUGUUAUUAUGAUAGCAUCCAUUUAUAUUUUGUUUCCGAAGGAGCAUCAAGCAAUGUUGCCGGGGGCGCGACAACAUUUCGAAUGGGCAAUUGAACGUUUCGAGAAGAUGGCUACUCGAAAUCGGCUUGCCCAGGCCGCCUUAAGUGUAUUGCGUGCUAUUUACAUUCGUUUUAAGAAGGCUGUGGGUUUCGGAUUGUCAGUCAAGACAACUAGCGAAGCAGGUGGUAGUUCUACGAGCAUUAGUGGAACAUCGAGUAGCUCUUCCCAUAUGCAUACGCCUAACUCGAUAUCAGAGCCCUCGUCUCAGAACACGAGUAGUGCGUCAAAUACCAGUACUACUGUAGCACAACCGUCGGCGGGGGAGCGGGACGGAAGUAUUAGCUCCAGCGCCGGCCUAACGCCCCCGUCUGGGACUUCGGACAAUAUCUUCGCGAACGUGGAAUGGACGUUGCCAACUAAUUUUGACUUCAGCGCGAUCAUGCCGAUGUAUCCCAUGGGGGACAUUGCCUAUAACGAUUUAACAGCCGUCCGGAGUAGCGAUGGACCGCCAACGACCUGGCCGGAAAGUUUCCCUGGGACGACAAACAGUGCUAGCAUCGCGCCUACCUUAGCAGAUGGUCCCGUAGGAGAAGGGCAAGCAGCAUGGCAAUUCGGUGGUGAAUUUGGAAACGACACAUUGUGGAAUAUACUAAACCAAUUUCCUACUUACUGAAAACGAGCUGAUUGAUAUGCGACGUUGUGGAUGAAACGAUGAAAUACGACAUGAACGGAGACCCCGAACAAAGCUAGGCGUUUUCUUGUAUGCAGACGAAAUGGGUUCCGGGUUUAUGAUAUCCUUCAAUCUUGCGGUGAUUCAAAUAAGAUAAAGAAGAAGACUUUU